AUGCUUGGGUUGGGGUAUCAGAAUCCCGUGUUCCCGUACUAUAGCAUGAGAUGCCAUCUCCCGGUCUCGCAGCAGGAGUUCUUCGUGAAGAAUGCCACGGAUACCCAGCUGCGUGCCAGCUAUCAUGAGGAUGAAGGGUUUGAGACCAUGAUCAAGGACACGCUUUUUGAUCUCCGGCGAGUAAUGGCUUUUUUCGAAGUUGUGUAG